CGACAGGCAGCUGUGUGGUCAGCCGGAGUCAGCAUCCGUCAACUGGAGGUGACAUUCAGCGGGCUAGCCGAAAGGCGGGAUAUCUAAACGGCCCAACAUGUCACGGCUUGUGCAGAAACUGGUGGCUAAAGUACCUGUUCUUGUUGAUACCGCCGUCACCUUUUCCAAACCUCACCUCGCAACCUUCUGGCAUUACGCAAGGGUUGAACUGGUUCCCCCGACACCCCUGGAGCUCCCCAGGGCCAUUUGGGGAGCUCUAAUGCUGCUCAACAUUACCCGCCUGCCAAAGACCACUGUCAGGGAUGUUGUGAGGAAUGGAGUGGUCGCCACUGAAAUUAUGCUGUGGUUCUACAUUGGAGAGUGCUUUGGCAAACGUGGUCUGAUUGGCUACAAAGUCUGAUAUUUUGGGGCUGAUGUUUAUUUCUUUUUUUCUUUUGAGCGUUCUAUGCUCAACCUACUGUUCUAGGAACUAAUAAACUGUUAUCUGAUGUUUGUUUCAAACUUGUUGCCUCUUGUGUUUAUGGACAUGCUUUAAUGUCAUCUGCAGACCAAUUAACCUGAAGUUCUACUGUAAAAUUUUGUUUCAGAAUUAAAGAAUAUAAGAGUAA